CACUUCCUUUCUCCUCUUCCAUCUGUUCUCAGGACGACUCGGAGUCGAAGAUGCCGGGAACUCUCCCCAGCUUUCCCAGCAUGCCGCGAGGGGUGACCAUGCCGUCCUUGUUCAGCUCCCUGCCCCGAGGCAUCAACCCUCCCAGUCUGCCCAGAGGCAUCACCAUGCCAAGUCUGCCCAAUCUGCCCAGCUUCCCCAGCUUCCCCAGCAUCCCCCGAGGCACCACCAUAGCCAGUCUGCCCAGGGUCGUCGCCAUGCCAACCGUACCCGAGGCUCCUCGACGGCUGCUGCAGGACUGCUGCUCCGUGUUUGACCACCAGGCCUCUGGAGGUCUUUGUGGCUGCUGCUGGGCGCUGCGCCCUCGUUACAAGCGGCUGGUCGACAACAUUUUCCCUGAAAAUCCCGAGGAUGGACUGGUGAAAGCCAACAUGGAGAAACUAACCUUCUUCGCUCUGUCAGCUCCGGAGAAACUCGACAGAAUCGCUGCUUACCUGUCAGAACGUCUGACCAGAGAGCUGAACCGCCACCGUUAUGGGUAUGUGUGCAUAGCAAUGGAGGCGAUGGAGCAGCUGCUGCUGGCCUGUCGCUGUCAGAGCAUCAACCUGCUGGUGGAGAGUUUCCUCAGUACACUGAGACUGCUGCUGGAGGCCGACAAAUCGCACCUGCACAUCCUCGCCACAAACUCUUUUGUGAAGUUUGCAAACAUUGAAGAAGACACGCCUUCGUAUCAUCGCAGCUAUGACUUCUUCGUGUCUCGCUUUAGUGAGAUGUGUCACUCUGACCACAACGACCACGACACUCAAAUCAAGAUCCGCGUGUCGGGGAUCCGCGGCCUGCAGGGCGUCGUCAGGAAGACGGUAGACGACGAGCUGCAGGUCAACAUCUGGGAGCCUCGACACAUGGAGCAGAUCGUCCCCGCCCUGCUGGUCAACCUGCAGCUCUCAGACAGCAGCAGCGGUUCUCCUGCUGAGCAGACGGAGGUGUGUUUCAGGGAGCUUCUGGGCCGAGCGGCUUACGGUCACAUCAACAACGCCAUCAGACCUGUGCUCAUGCACUUGGACAGCCACAGUCUGUGGGGGGGACGAGGCUUCGCUGUACGAUGUUUUCAGAUCAUCAUGUUUUCAAUUCAGCCUCAGCACUCCCACCUGGUCAUCCAGCAGCUGCUGGGUCACCUGGACGCCAACAGCAGGAGUCCAGCGUCUGUCCGAGCCGGGAUCGUGGAGGUUCUUUCCGAAGCUGCUGUUAUCGAAGCGACAGGAUCUGUGGGACCCACGGUGUUGGAAGUGUUUAACACUUUACUGCGACAGCUCAGGCAGAGCGUGGACUACCAGCUGACCGGUUACUAUGACAACGCCGGGAAACAGGCAACCACCUGGACUGAGGAGACAACGCUGCAGGACGCAGUCAUCAGAACCAUCGGAUCGUUCGCCAACACGCUUCCGGUCUACCAGAGGUCAGAGGUCAUGCUGUUCAUCAUGGGGAAGAUUCCUGUCCCUGGAAUCUACCCAGCCCUGGGGUCUCCCAAUGCCGGGUUUGAAGGCAGUAGGAUGAUCCAGGUGAUGCUGCUGAAGUCUCUCCUCCAGGUGUCCGAGCGUUACGAGAGCAGCAACCUGCUGACGGCGCUGCCCUCCUCCUUCCUGGAGCCUCUGCUGUCCUUCACCCUGAUGGAAGAUCCAGAAAUCCGCCUGCUGGUUCUGUCCAUCCUCACCUCGCUCAUCGAUCGCCGCCACAACAGCACCAGACUCGCCUCAGUCAGUGUGACGUUUGAUGCGUCAGUGUUGGAACUGAAGGAGGACAGAUGUUCUCGACAGGACAACCUUUUCAUAAGGAAGCACACGCAGCGUCUCUACAGGCACGUCUACCUAGCCUGUCGGGAGGAGAACAACGGGCGCAGCCAUUACCAGGCGCUCUUCACCCUGCUGGCUGUUCUAAGUGUGGAACUGGUCAAUGAGGAGGUGCUGGUGGACCUAAUCCAGCUGGUCCUGGCCCUGCAGGAGCUGGCUCUGUCCAAUCAGCUGAGUCUGUCCGCGUUUAACCGCUUCGGCCUUCAUGCCAUCUGCGCCGCCUUCCUCAACCUGCUGUCGCAGCUCGGCCCGCCUCCACCGCUCCAUCAGCAUGUCACCCAGGUCAUAGAACGUCGUCAGAAGGAGGCGCCGUACCUGCUGCCUGAAGAUGUCCUGUGUGACAAACCCAGGCUUCCAGAGGGUGAACUGAAGGUGGACGAAGCCUUUCUGUUCAUUCAGUCAAAGAUAUGCGAGUCCCUGGCAGGAAGCAGCUACAAUGCACAUUGUGAACGCCUCAACACACCAUACACACCUCAGCUAACAGAUGAAGACCGUCUGUCCAGGAGGACGAGCAUUGCAGACACCAUCUCUCUGCAGAUAGACUCAGGCCUUCAUUGCAGUUCUGACCCACCUCAGAAACCUCAGACUGAGCAGAUCACCUUUGAGACACUGAAGAACGCCAUCAAGGACAAAGGACCUGUAGAGGAGGAGGAGAGGAGGAGGAGGAUGCAGGUGGUAGAGAGGUUUCAGACAGCUCCUUUUGAAGAGAUAGCAGCUGUCUGUGGGUCCCGGACCUCGUUGCUUCAUUUCAAACUGAAUCAGGUCUUCGAUCUGAUCAUCCGUCCUCCUCCGUCUCCAUCUGGACUGUCGCCUCGUCUUUCAACUCCGCUCUACGAGAUUAAGUUUCCUGACCUCUGUGUCUAUUAGAGACUCAAACACUGAUGAUAAUGAAGCCCUUUGAAGGACAGAACAACUGAUGGAUAGUACAUGGAAUGUGAAUCAUGUCAUUUCAGUUUGGUCAUAAAAUC